GCGAGGCGGAGUCUGUGUUUCGGUCAGGCUGCGGCUGCGGCUGCGGCUGGAGUGGUGUACUUCAGGGGAGCGAGGCCGAGGCCUGGGCCCAGCCCGGAGCCGCUGCCCGACCCGAGCCUCCUGGAGCCCCCUCGCCGGCUGAUCUUAGGGGUGGGCUCGGGCUCGGCCCGCCGCCGCACGCAGGACCGAGACUGCAUGCCGGAGGACCAGGCCCACGCAGCCAUGGAGGAAGCAUCUCCCUAUUCCUUACUUGACAUCUGUUUGAGUUUCCUGACCACUAACCUUGAGAAGUUCUGUUCAGCAAGACAAGACGGAACACUGUGUCUGCAGGAACCCGGAGUAUUUCCACAGGAGGUGGCUGAUCGACUGCUUCAGACCAUGGCAUUUCAUGGUCUGCUGAAUGAUGGAACUGUGGGAAUUUUCAGGGGUAAUCAGAUGCGCCUAAAGCGAGCUUGCAUUCGCAAAGCAAAGAUUUCCGCUGUUGCUUUCCGGAAAGCCUUCUGCCACCAUAAGUUAGUAGAACUUGAUGCCACGGGUGUGAAUGCUGACAUCACUAUUACAGACAUCAUAAGUGGCCUUGGCAGUAACAAGUGGAUCCAGCAAAAUCUUCAGUGCUUAGUACUAAACUCAUUAACUCUGUCCCUUGAGGAUCCGUAUGAGCGGUGUUUCAGCCGACUUUCUGGCCUUCGAGCUCUGAGCAUCACUAAUGUCCUCUUUUACAAUGAAGAUCUGGCUGAAGUUGCUUCCUUGCCUAGACUGGAAAGCUUGGAUAUUUCUAACACCUCAAUCACAGAUAUCACUGCCCUGCUGGCCUGCAAAGACCGACUCAAGUCUCUCACCAUGCACCAUUUGAAAUGUUUAAAAAUGACUACUACCCAGAUCCUUGAUGUUGUCCGGGAACUAAAACAUCUGAAUCAUCUUGACAUCUCAGAUGAUAAACAGUUCACGUCAGACAUAGCCCUGCGAUUGUUAGAGCAAAAGGACAUUUUGCCUAAUCUUGUCUCCCUGGAUGUUUCAGGGAGGAAGCAUGUGACAGACAAGGCUGUUGAAGCCUUUAUACAGCAGCGGCCCAGCAUGCAGUUUGUAGGUUUGCUGGCCACAGACGCUGGUUACUCUGAAUUCCUUACGGGCAAAGGACAUUUGAAGGUGUCUGGAGAAGCCAACGAGACUCAGAUUGCAGAAGCCUUAAGGCGGUACAGUGAAAGGGCGUUUUUUGUCCGGGAAGCUUUGUUUCAUCUUUUUAGCCUGACUCAUGUGAUGGAAAAAACAAAGCCAGAAAUCUUAAAGCUUGUGGUUACUGGGAUGAGAAACCAUCCUAUGAAUUUGCCUGUGCAGCUGGCUGCAAGUGCCUGUGUGUUUAACUUAACUAAGCAGGACCUUGCUUUAGGCAUGCCUGUCCGACUCCUCGCUGAUGUAACCCAUUUGCUGCUCAAGGCCAUGGAACAUUUUCCUAAUCACCAGCAGUUACAGAAGAAUUGCCUCCUCUCACUUUGUAGUGACCGAAUUCUUCAAGAUGUCCCAUUUAACAGGUUUGAAGCAGCCAAGCUUGUCAUGCAGUGGCUUUGCAACCAUGAAGAUCAAAACAUGCAAAGAAUGGCGGUUGCUAUCAUUUCCAUCCUGGCUGCUAAGCUUUCUACAGAACAAACUGCACAGCUUGGUGCUGAGCUCUUCAUUGUCCGGCAACUUCUUCAAAUAGUGAAGCAGAAAACUAAUCAAAAUUCAGUGGAUACUACAUUGAAAUUUACUUUGAGUGCACUCUGGAACCUCACAGAUGAAUCCCCAACAACCUGCAGACACUUCAUUGAAAAUCAAGGGUUGGAACUCUUCAUGAGAGUUCUAGAGUCUUUCCCAACUGAGUCAUCCAUUCAACAAAAAGUUCUAGGUCUUUUGAACAAUAUAGCUGAAGUACAAGAGCUACAUUCUGAACUAAUGUGGAAGGAUUUCAUAGACCAUAUCAGCAGUCUCCUACACAGCGUGGAAGUAGAAGUCAGUUACUUUGCAGCUGGGAUUAUCGCCCACUUAAUAUCCAGAGGUGAACAAGCAUGGACCUUGAGCCGCAGCCAGAGGAAUUCUCUUCUUGAUGAUUUGCAUUCAGCUAUUCUGAAAUGGCCAACUCCAGAGUGUGAGAUGGUAGCAUACAGGUCCUUUAAUCCAUUUUUCCCACUGCUUGGCUGUUUUACAACACCGGGAGUCCAGCUGUGGGCAGUUUGGGCCAUGCAACAUGUUUGCAGCAAGAACCCUUCAAGGUAUUGCAGCAUGCUGAUUGAAGAAGGCGGACUGCAGCAUUUGUACAACAUCAGAGAGCGUGAGCAGACAGAUCCCCACGUGCAGCAGAUUGCCGUAGCCAUUCUGGACAGUUUAGAAAAGCACAUUGUGCGCCAUGGGAGGCCCCCUCCCUGUAAAAAGCAGCCCCAGGCCCGACUCAAUUGAUAGCCAUAGAUAGUUGGAAAUGAACAGUGGAAAUCAUUUCUGUGGUGGUUCAUUGGAAUAGUGUGCUCUCUGGUGUGGGGGUGUCUGUGGUAAGAGUCCUGGGAUCCAUCUCCUGCCCGUGUGGACAGUCUGAUUUGUUCUGUGAUUUUUAACUUAGGAGGAGAAAGGUCUUCCUUCAUUAUUGUCUUUUAGGAAAUCUUUCAUGUUUGAACUUUACCUGUGCUUGAGAUUCUACAGUCUUAUGAUAAAUUGCACGAACCCUUAGGCCAGACUUCUCUCGAGCCCUUCCAGGUAGUUUGCAACGUGAGCAGGGCUGCCGACACGACAUCAGCACUGUUUGGAUUGUAAGAUUUAUUACGCUUCUGUAAAAAUGCCUUCGUUCUCUGUGUGUCUUUCACAAGAUGCACUUGUUUGUACGAGUGGAAACUUUUGUGUCUCUGGAAGCUCUGCUGUUUGGAGCCUGGAUGGCAGUCAAAGAAAAACGAAAGAGACGCAAUAAAAGAAGAACGGAGUUGAAGAGGAAUUAGACAUUGCUUUUUUAGCUCUAAGAAUGGACAGGUUCUCCUGGAGCCCCUCUCCCAAGUCUGGGAGCAGGAGCUGUUCUCCAAGCUGAAGGCUGGGAGCGUGGGCUCUCUCUGCAGGCUACUCUAGAACUACUUGCCCAGUUACACAGUGUAGCAUCACAGUGUUGUGUGUCAAAGCCUCUCUGAGACACUGGCUGUCAUGCUAUAAGAGUACAGUUUUUUAAAUGUCGCUGGUUAAACUGCCUGUUUUACCCCUUCUUUUCCAAAGUCAUUUUUAUUCAGUGGAGUAAAGACUAUUUACAGAGUUAACUUGCUUAGUUAAAAUACAGUUGAUAACAGAAAAUUUGCUAUAAAAAUUUAACCUUGAGUUGGGGUGUGGCUCGAUGGUAGAGUGUGUUCUUAGCAUGUAUGGAUUCAAUACCCAGCAAUACAUACAGAAAUGUUAAUUUCUUUCUUCUGAUAAAUUUUGGCUCAUACCUGUACUCACUCAGGAGACUGAGACGGGGGGGGGGGGAGGUGCCAUGGGUUUGAGGCCAAUCUGUGUCCAAGAGACGUUUAGUGUAUCUUCAUUAUGUGUUCAUGUUAGAAAAAGAUGUCCACAUCUCACUUCCAAACGUGCAAGAGAGGAAUAGGCUGCUGCUAAAUGCCCAGCCGAGUGGGUAAAAGGAAAUGUUUUUGAUGGACGUCUUUUAGACAGUUGCCUGUCCUUUAAGAUAGUUGGUAUAAUGAAGAAUCAGUUAUUGUCCUACAAACCAGGGAUAUAUCAAGUUACCAACAAAUUUAAUUUCCAUUUAAAGAUGGGAAUGGUGACCUAUAAUCCAGUAAUCACAAGGGUGAGACAGAAGGAACUAGAAGUUAGAGAUGAGCUUAGGCUACAGAGUAGCAAGGGCCUGGGCCAUAGAGGGAAACUGUCUCUCACAAAACAGAGCAAAUUUUUAUCUGAAGGAAGCUUGGUCGUACUUGCCCUUAAUCUAAAACAUUAAGGAGCAGGUGGCAUGAUAGCAAGACCCAUCCCAAACAAGUACAGCAGCGUCUCAUCUUGUGAGCGGGUUUAACCUGAAACAGCUUUUGACCACAUUUUAUUCCUACACAUCUAAAAUGCUUUCAAUAGAAUUUUUAAAUGGUAUUUUUAAAUAACUCACAAAUAUUUCAGUUUAGAGGGGAGCUAGUUUAAGCUGGGCAUAGGGGCCUGUGUUGUAGAAUAUGAAGGCAAGAGGAUUCUGAGUUCUAGGCCAGCCUGGGCUACAUGAGAGUCCCUGUCUAUAAAAGCAAAACCAACAAGCUGGUUGACUUAUUAGUAUGCUUUUAACAUGUCUGACUCAUGUUCAUGCUGCUGCCACACUUCAGACUUGAAUGUUUAGGGCUUCCUUUAUAGGAAUGAAUACUGAAUCAAACUAAAAGAAAACAGAUACACAGAAUUAUCUAAAAGCCAUAUAAAACAAUGGUUUAAUUCUUACUUCAUUGGUUCCAGGGAUUUUUAGAGCCAUAAGAUACAUUUUUGCCGGAAAUGGUUGCUCAAACCUAUGAUUGCCACUGGAGAGAGGAUUGCUGAAAGUUGAGGCUAGCCUGGACUACCUAGUGAUGCUUUGUCUCAACAGCCUCCACCACAAAAAGAUGCAUUUUUCAUAGUUAAUCAUAUUUUAGAGAAAGAUUGUCAAAGGAGUUUUGCUUUUUGUUGACAUUUUACCCCCAAUUUUAAUGUCUAAAAUUAAAAUUUUGACAGUAGGAUAUUCUGCAGUAAAUCGCAAGUUGGUGCUGUUGACCAGCAGGUCUACCUAGCUUGCUUGGGGAGAGCCUAUUUGAGAACUUUGGCUUCAGAUAUCAGGACAAGAGUGCAUGUUUCUAUAGACCAAUACUAAACUGUCUGCUUUACUAAUCUUUAGAAUAAGAAGCCAGCUGUGGUGGCAUACAUCUGUAAUCCCAAUAUCACCAGCUGCAUAGCAAAUUCAAAACCCUGUCUCAAGAAGCAGAACAAGAAUAGCCAAAAACUACAGAGCUUUUCAGAAUAGCCUGAUACAUGAAGACUCAAAUACAUUUCCAUUUAUAUUUCACAGGUCAGUCAAGACUACAUUCCAGACCUAAAUAAAAACAAAAACUGUUCACAUCCCAAAUAUAUCAAGAUGUUAGCACCUCUGUGCUUUUGAUUUUUGUUUGUUGGGGAGUGGUGUGUUUUUGUUUUUGAGAUAGCAUCUCACUAAGUAUAGACACAGGGCUGUAGUCUACUUUGAUCCCACUCAGCUAACAAUUCUAAGUAAGUGCUCAGAUUCCAGGCAUGUGCUACUAUGUCUAGCUCUGUGAUGGUUCUGAAAGCUGUCAUUAAGACAGAAUUUUCAGUUACAGUUGAAAAUAGCUUAAUAUAGCUAAAUCCUGAAUAUAGCCAAAAUACAUGUAUGGUUGUCCAGCCAGUCUCUAACAGCCCUCUCCUUCAUAAUUGGAAACCAUCAUGUAAGUACUUGGUACUUCCAAAGUCAGUGGCUUAGGGGUGUGCUUUCAAGCAGCUUAGACUAAGCUGAAUGACCUUGUUGAACUCAUCAGUGUACUCAGACACAAGCCAUUGAAUAGCAACACUUGGGUCAGCUGAAGGACAUACAUGCACAAGGCCCCAGGUCCAGUCCCUAGCAUCCCGCCCAACAAGGAAAUGAAAUUAGACUUUGUAAGAUUGUAAUCGAAUAAAGCAAAGUAUAGCAAAUCAAAGCAUCUGGUGUUUGUGCAUCAAGUCAGUUUUGCUAUGGUCUUUAUACUCUGACUUUUUCUCCUGGGUUGAGAGUGUAACUCAGCUCAGUACUAGAGUGAGUGGCUCUGAGUUAAAUUCCUACUAUUAGAAAACUAAAAUUAUUAAUAUUAAAUUAUUAAUAAAACCAUAAAUCUACUGAUCUCAACUGAUUUAAAAGGUUUAAAAGAAUCUUAUCAGACCCACAGGUUCAGGAGUCGGCCGUUAUUGUUGCUGCUUGUUAGCCCGGCAGGCGAGUUCACCCACUGUGAGGAUGAACGCAAACUGCCUUAGGAGUUUGCUUCUCUUUCAAAGGUCCAUGUUUAAAAUCACCAUCCAGCCAUGAUUGGUGGCUCAUGGCUUUAAUCCAGUACUUGGGAGGCAGAGGCAAGUGGAUUUCUGUGAGUUCAGGGUUAGCCUCAUCGACAUAGUUCCAGGAGAGCCAGGGCUAUACAGGGAAACCUUGUGUCAAACAAAACAAAACAAAAACUGCAUCAAUCAUAUGAAUCCAGUUAAUGAUGUUUCUCUUACAAAUGAGUCCUUUUAUGCUGGCCUGUUGUCUUCCUACUCAAUUUUUGUAUUUUUUUACUUGAUUUUUUUUCUUUGUUCUGUUUCAUGUAUCCAGAGCUAGUUUAGAAUUCUCAACCCCCUGCCUGUAAGCCCCAGACACACCACCUUACCACCUUUCUGACUGUUAGUCACUUCCGUGUGACUGUUGAGAUAACCCUGGUCUAUCUUUGAUGUUCUUCAAUCAUACUUCCCCCCUUUGGUACAUGUUACUGAAAACAUUAAAUAUACCAAAUUGGGGUGACUUAGUGAACACUAAGUUUGGCUUAGUUUUUGGUUUUGCUUCAU